AUGGAGGUGAAGAAGCAAGCCGUGGUGGUUCAAGCACACGCUGCGGCGUUGGUGAUUAUGCUGAUGUUGGUUUCGCCGGUGCUGGGUUGCUCACCCAACGGCAGGGGAUGCAAAGACUGCAUUGUGAACCAGAUGAAGCAGAGUUGCCCAUCCUGCACGCCAAUCCUUCACUGCAUGGCCCGUUGCUUGUGGGGUGGCACCUCAAGGUCUGUUUGUACCAAGAAAUGUGACUGCAAUAGUGGCUACCCAACACUCUCUGACUGCAAAAGAUGCAUGCUAAAGUGCAAGUGUAGCUGUGUGAACUAGAAGCCAAACAACGAUAUCAAGAUAUAUAUACUUCAGCGAGAGGCGGUCCUUCAAAUUUUCACAACAAUCGUGUGAAAUCUAGUAUCUAUAUUACAAACUAAAGAUUUGGCUCUAAUUUUGCUGCGUUUGAUAGUUGAAGAAUCUUGCUCUUGUUCGGAAUUUCUAGCUUUGUAUUACUAAUGUAAAAUUCAGUUGCUUGCUAA